AUGUCCCAGGGUUUGGGGAAGAAGCUGUCCGAAGUUAGGCUUCAGCUCACCAGCACAUUCGAACAGUCCCGCUCUCGCCGCCAUGCCUCCCCUCGUCCAGCGCCGGGCUGGCGCCCCUUUGCCUUGCGUCCGCCGUAUCUUUCACUCCUCGGUAUUCUCAUGUUCCUGAUGCUGUUGGUUCUUGAGGCGCUUCGUCGAUGCACCGAUCGCUACGGAGGACUUGUAUUCUACCAGGAUACCACCAAUCUGUCCGCCGCUGCGUCCUUUGCCUACAAUUACAUACCCAUCAUUGUGUCUUUGAUUCUUGUCACGUUGUGGUCGUUCAUCGAUUUCGAUGUCUUGCGCCUGGAGCCCUAUUUUCAACUUUCCCGACCGGAUGGGACCCCGGCUUCCACGCUGUUUAUCAAUUAUAACUUCGGCCAAUCGUUCUUGACUCCGCUGACUUCCGCCAAGAGGGGCCACUGGAUUGUCCUCCUGGUGUGUCUUCUGACAGUCCUGAUGCGCAUAUUCCUACCUGCCUUGCAGAGCGCCGUGUUAGAACUCCGGGAAAUAAGCGUCCAGAGUGAUGAGACGAUGCGCAGCUGGCCACACCUGCUGGACCUACAUAGCCAAGCUCGGUGGAUCUCAGCCCAGGAGAAGAACAACUGGGAGCCGUUUCUUACGUCGGACUCCAAUUCUCUUCAAAGGACUCGCUCGUCGAAGUACGCCCUCGCGCCUGUGGAGAUUCCCAGUGACGAUUAUCGAGAAAGCACUGUGUGGACGUUAAAUCAGACCAUCUACUGGUCGGAGCUGUCUUGCGAAGAUGUUAUGGUGGAUGAUACUAUCUCUCUUGUUGUCAAUGACACCACUGGUGGUCUUCCGACCAUUUCCUGGGAUGUAACCGGGGUCCAGCUUCAGCACUCUGGUCCAGAUCAGCAGUGUACCUUGGAUUUCCAAUAUAGCAAUAUCUUCUUCCCAUCUACCGAUUUCCUCCAGAUUCGUUACUGGGAGCCAGUGUGGUUGAACAAUUCCUUUCAAUCAUUCACUGCCAACGGUUGUGAUCCUUAUGAUAUCUAUGGGAUUCUGAUCGCUGUCAACGCAACAGGACAUACCUCCAGCAAUGAUAGCAGUGACAUGUCACUUGCCAAUGUCCAGUUCACUUCCUCCGCAACCCUUUUUGCCUGCAGAAUUGAUUACCGGAAGGCUGAGGCUGAAAUCAAAUUGCAUGCUAAUAGUUCAAUAACCUCUGUGGCCAUCCACCCGAACACUACUACCGCAUUUAGCAACGAUCAAUUCAACAUCAAUGAAUUCCAGGGGUUUUUGUCCCAUAGAGCCCCAUAUACAAGUGACAUGCUCUUCUUCCGGAUCAACGAAACAUCAGGUGAUCGCACAAUAACGGAAUUGCCGGUCAUCAGCCAGGAGAUGGGUGACUAUGAGCCAGUCGUUGUUUUGGAUUCAUCGAAAGUUAUGACACAGGAGGAAUUCGAAACUAAGGUCACGCGAGGAGUCAAGCAGACAUUUGUGCUCACUAUGGGUCGACUCUUCAAUCUCGAUGAAACGCCAGCCAUGGUCCCUGCGAUACGUUUGACUCGGCAAGUCACGAUUGCCGUGGUUGACUUUGCAGCGUUGUUGUCAGAAGCCAUCCUUGGUUUGGGCGCCGCUAUCACUUUCUGGCUUCUCUACGUCUACAAGAACCGUGAAAAUGUGCUCCAAAGUGACCCAUGUUCGAUCGGAGCCAUGUGUAGCAUUGUGGCGGAUCUUUUUGGCCCUUCCAAUAUUCUUGCGGAUCCUCGAUUCGACUUUCAUCAAUAUUCCACCCGACAACUGCGACGACUCCUGCGCAACUGCCGACUGCGAUGGGAACCGGGCUCCGGCCCUAAUGGGAAGCAACUGGGCAUAUACACGACGGAUGGUUCUCCAAUCCACCUGGAUGAGCAAAUACGCUCGCAGGCCGACCCAAUGCCACACUUUCUCGUCAUCCCAUUCUUCAUCAUUGAAUUCCUAUUGCUGGCUGCAGCCAUUACCAGCAUGAGCUUGGUAGUUGCCUCCCUCGCCAAGGAUGGCAAGUUUCGACAUCUCGAUCAGUCCGACUCGAGCUUCUUUCAAGUGGUUCUUUCGAUCUUGCCGUUAGUGGUUGCCUCAGCGGUUGGCUCACUAUGUGCUUCUAUUCACCGCAAUCUCAGUAUUCUCGAACCCUGGGUACAUCUUCAAAGGGGUAAAGCUACUGCCCAAGGGUCAUUGUCGAUGAACUAUUCCUCCCAGACCCCAUGGGCAGUUUUGGUGAAGGCAGUUCGAGACCGGCAUCUCCUGUUAGGGAUCGUAUCUGUGGCAUGCAUUGCAAAUACAGUUCUCACCGUGGUUGCUGGUGGUUUGUUCACACAGCAAAUGACCAGCUCCUCUCUCCCGGCUCCACAUGCGUUAUACACAAAUUAUAGCAAUUCCAUCUUUCAACGAAAUGACUUUGCCGCUGACUUCACCGAAUAUGAUAUCAUUCAGACUAGCAUCACCACAGGAGUCUCAAUGCUCCCAUGGACUAGUGCCAAUCAUUCUUUUGUGCCUGUUUGGAUCAAGGACACGGAUCCUGAUGCUCUGUACGGAGCCAACACUCUCGGUAUCGGAGCAAAUCUGGUUUGCGAGCCGUUGUUAAUCGCGGACAGUCUCGUUGAGGACCCACACAAUGGAACUGCGUACUGGAAAUACCGUACUUUUGAUGACCCCGAGAAAAAGUGCAAAGUUGAUAUGACGUCGCUGCAGCAUCCGCAUGAGGAUAUCAAACUGUCAAUCCACUUCUUAUCGCCCGUCGCCACCGACGAGGAUUCUGGCGAUUGCCAAACAACAACGGUGGUCGUGCUAGGUCGGUGGAAUUACACAGCUGGUUCACCGGUCACUGAGAGGAACACCAUCGCACUCCAUUGUGAGCCGCGAAUAAGUCUGGAAACCUAUUCGGUUGUGUUCGACCAAAAGGGCCAGAUCCAGAAACUGCAUCCGCUGGCGAAUACGUCCAUCACAUCAGGCCCCAUGUAUGACAAUGCCACAGUCAGUUUGGGCCAAUUCAACAAAGUUUUCGCCGCAAUUCCGCAGAGCUAUAUUAGCAAUUCCACUUAUAAUCGCGAAUCGUACGUCACGUCGUAUGACUGGGCUGGUUUCCUAGUCGCACGUCUGUACAAGCGUCGACGGCCCGAGUUCACCACGCUGAAUCCGCAUGACUUGAUGAGGAUGUCACAAAUUGUUUACCAAUGGGUGUAUAGCACCUACUUUACCCUGUGGAGGGAGAUCUAUCUCCAGCCGCUGCAGGACCCAUACAGCGCGCCCAACUCCACGAUCAUCUACAACACGUGGACCAUGGAGCCCUCCGUCCCCUCGCUGGCCAUCGCUUUGAUGAUUAUCGCGCUUAACACCCUGGUUGUGCUGAUCGUCUUUAGCACGCGUCGUGGACGAUUCAAGGGGCCUCGCGUUCCCCGGUCUAUCGGGUCUGUCAUGCCAUGGGUAGCUCAUUCGCGAUUUCUCAACGAUUUCCGAGGCACCUACUUUUGGACAAGCAUACAGAGGCGAAUACACCUCGACCGGUUGGACAAACGCUAUGGGUUCCGAAUGUUUCUCGGCGUGGACGGACGAUGGCGAUACGCGGUCGAGGAGGAAGCGACAGAUAACAAGUCUGCAACAGGAGAGGAGAUUGACGAUGGCCCGAAGAUGUCUGGCGCCAUCCAGCUUCGAGUAUUAGAGAACAGUGGAUAG